AUGGAGUUCGUCGGCUGCACCGGCGACGCGACGGACGUGUUCUGCGAGUGCGCGCACGGCUUCUGCUGGAGCUGCGGCGAGGAGGCACACCGGCCGCUGUCGUGCGACACGGUGCGCGCGUGGCUGGCCAAGAACGUCUCAUACUCGGAGACGGCCAACUGGGUGCUGACCCACACCAAGCACUGCCCCAAGUGCCGGCGGCGGAUCGAGAAGAACCAGGGGUGCAACAACAUGACGCGCAGGCCCCCCUGCAACCACCGUUUCUGCUGGAUCUGCCUGCAAUCAUUGGGACGCAGUCACAUCGUCUGCGAUGGCAACCGGGCACGGCCGGACAAGGUCAACGCCGGCGGCGGCAAGGAUGAGCGACGGCGGGAGCAAGCGAAGGCGUCGUUGGACAGGUACCUGUACCACUACGAGCGCUGGGCGGCCAACCACACGUCGCUGCAGAAGGUUUUCAAGGACAUGGCCGACCUGGAGCGCUCGGGGCUGGAGAAGAUGGCGGUCAAGAUGCACGUCCCGACCAGCGAUCUGGGGUUCCUGACCAAGGCGUACGAGCAGGUCGCCGACUGCCGGCGAGUCCUGCGGUGGGCGCACGCGUACGGCUACUUCCUGGACCCCAAGCGUGACGCCAUCAAGCGCAACCUGUUCGACCAACUUCAGAAAGACGCCAACAUGUCGCUGGAGCGCCUGCACGGCUGCGCCGAGGUGGAGAGGAUGGAGCUCUGCGCCGGCGACGCGGCCGACGUCGCCGAGAGGUACAAGAGCUACAAAAAGAAGCUUCAGAGCCUCACCCAGGUGACGCGGCACUACUUCGAGAACCUCGUGAAAGCGUUCGAGACCAACCUGGCCGAGGUGGAGACGGCCGAGUAG